AUGAUGGAACGGAUGAUGAGUGUCGAGGUGGUCGUGAGAGAUCUGGUCGGUCCCAUUUCCAGCGGAUUGGUGCCAGAACUCGUCGAGUCAUUCUUGGACUGCUCCACUCGAUGGACUAUUCAGAAGGCAGCAUGCAGCGGAUACCUCACGCUUUUGAAGAGGUUGGGCGCGCGAAACGCAGAGAUCGCUGACCAUGGCUUUGAUUGGGCCAUGCGAAUUGCAGCGACAGAGGGCUACCUUGACAUUAUCAAGUGGCUCAAUGCCUACUGUCCCGAGAAGAAGAUUUCGACUCGAGUGAUGGAUGCUGCAGCAUUGCGGGGCCACCUCCAAAUAAUUAAGUGGUUGCAUGAAAACCGUUGCGAAGGUUGCUCCGUACACGCAAUGGACAGCGCUGCAGCAGGUGGUCAUCUUGAUGUUGUGCAGUGGCUGCAUGAGUACCGUACUGAAGGCUGCACCACAGGAGCGAUGGACACUGCUGCUGCUGGAGGUCACUUGGCCACGGUGCAGUGGCUGUGGGCGAAUCGCACGGAAGGCUGCACUACAGUCGCAAUUGACUUUGCGAUCUACAAUGGUCAUUUCCCCGUCAUCAGGUGGUUCAGCGAACUCGCAGAUUUUCAGCCAAGACGUGCCAAGUACACAAAAGAAAACACCGCGACCGAGGAUGUCAACGCGUGCAUCAAGAAGCAGCCCCGUAGCCAAGCGACGCUCGCCUUUAAGUAA